CAUGGGAGUGCAUCUAAAAGAGACACCUCAUUGAAUGACUUGUCUUCUAAAAUUUUCAACUUACUGUUUUAAAUAUGCAAAAAAUCAACACAAUAAUAGAAGGAUCUCCUGUAUCAACAGGUUGCUUUCUUGAUCUCCAGGGCUGGCCAAGAAAACGUGAUGGCUGUUUCCUCCGUCGAAGACAAGACGUCGUCAGUGUCAGAAAUCGUCGUUCUAUUCAGAGAUAGGAAGCAUUUCUGCACCUGCGCUCUUUCAACCAACAAGGGGUUUGUUUGCCGGCACUACUUUUGGAUGAUGCAAGAAGACAACAGGUUUACUUACCACAUUAAAAUGGUCCUAAGACGAUGGUUCCAAGAGAACAAGCAGGAAGGCAAGGCUGUUGAAGACAUGAUCGAGGGAGAGCCGUUCGUCAAUGCAUCAACCCGCAAGGCCCUUGACCCCAUUGGCAGCCUACCCGACGAAGGCACGGCGACCCUGCAAGCUUUUUAUCCUCCCCUAUCUGUGCCUAAAUCUAACAGACGAUCUAAGAAGCGCUACGCGGCAGUGAUGGGAAUGUCGAAAGCCAUUGCAGAAGCCAUGACGAAAGCUUCAGUGCAGGAUGAUGAUUUUGGCAAGGUUAUGGACAGCUUGGACUCGAUACAAAAAAGUACGAACAUAUCAACCAAGGAGACUGGCCUUACCGCAGGUUCUGAUGAAGUUGUCAAGGCACAGGAUGGUGCUGAUAGCGAUUGCUUGUUUAAAGGUAUCCCAGUGGAGAGUAUUAUUGAUGGAGAUAUACUCAAUGGGAAAGGCAGACCAAGAAGCCGGCGGUUUACGGCAAGCUACGAAGACAAACGGAGCAAAAAUGAGCCUGCGGAGCCCACGGCAGAGACGCCAGCACGAUCCAUGCAGGCCAAGCGAAGGAAAGUCGGGUCCGAAUCACUUGUCUGGCAGAUUCCAAAAACAAUCUCUGAUUUUAAGUAGCAUCUUUUACAAACAAUAAAU